GGCCCGCAGUUGUACUGUAACCUAUAAAGAGCAACGGGGAGACAGAACGCUCGAUUCCGCGGAAGGUCGUUGGUAGACGGGACAAGAUUUGCAAGUUUUAAAAUGGACGACGAUAGUGACCAGGAAACCACGAUCGAGGACGACUACUACACGUUCCUGAAUAUCCCGAAAAACGCCAGCCCUGAGGAUAUCAGCAAUGCGUAUCGCAGGCUCAGUAAACUCUACCAUCCGGACAAGCAUACGGAUCCGACACUUAAAAAAGAAGCUGAGGUUCUUUUCAAUCGUACAAAGAAAGCAUAUGAAGUAUUGAAUGAUCCACAUCAAAGAGCAAUUUACGACUCGCUGGGGAUUCGUGGAUUAGAGACAGAAGGAUGGGAAAUUGUACAACGCACAAAAACACCUCAAGAAAUUCGCGAAGAAUAUGAAAGGUUGGCAAAGGAAAGAGAAGAGAGACGACUGCAACAACAUACCAAUCCUAAGGGUACUGUAACGGUAAACAUCAAUGCUACUGAUCUUUUCAGUAAAUACGAUGAAGAUUACAACGAUGGUGGUGGAUUGUUUUCGUGUAUCGAAGUCAGUGGGAUGUCGUUCGCACAAUCUAUCGAAGCACCCCUCACUCUGAGGGAUACUGUAACCAUGUCUGGUCAACUCGGGACUCAAAAUGGCACGGGUUCCGGCUCCAUUAAUGUCUCGGCAAAGCGACUGAUAUCUUCGAAAGGUUGGGUCGAAGUUGAGGUCGGAGCUGGCAACGGUCCAACGUUCUCCAUCAAGGCAUUUCGUACGUUAACGAAGCGAUUGUUUUGCGAUGGGGCGGCAAUACUGCAAUUUACGCCGCGCGGCGUGAAAGCUGGCUACGUUGGGACUCUCGCAAUGCAAUUAGAUAAACAUACGGUGGGAUAUCUCACGUACAGAGCUGGUAUUCAAGACGCCAUGAGUACUAUGAUUGUAAGAGAUACAUCUCGAUCAUAUAUGGCAUUUUCUAUACACUUCGGACUUCUAAAUUCUUUCGUCAGCCUUAAUUAUACUUAUAAAAUGGAAGAAAAGCAACUCAAACUUCGCGGUAGUGUCAAGGCCGGAACGUUUGGUGCGUUCCUCGAAUAUGGCGCAGAGAAAAAAGUCUCCAAGCACAGCUCGAUCUCUGCGGCUGUACGCGUCGGCGUUCCAACUGGCGUUACGUUAAAACUUAGACUAAGUCGUGCAUCGCAGGCGUAUACGUUCCCUAUCCAUUUGUGCGAUGAGGUUCUUCCGGCUCCCGUCUUUUACGCCACUGUGGCACCCAUAAUUACUUGGACGGUCAUUAAGAAACUCAUAAUUGAUCCUGUCGUGAAGGAGAGGAAAGAGCGCGAGAAGGAGAAACAAAGAGAACUGAACAAGUCUCGAAUGCUGGAAAAGCAAAGGGAAGCCAAAGCAGCCACCGAAUUAAUGAAAGAAACUGUCAGCAGAAUAAGAGCUGAGGAGGAAUCCAAGAAAGGAUUAAUCAUUACCAAAGCGUUGUACGGUCGAUUCGUUUAUCCGCAACAGGAUCGACCCACUACGGAAGAAGGUGGACACAGGGACGAAGUAAUAGAUGUAACAAUUCCUUUGCAAUGCUUAGUCAAGGAUUCUAAAUUGAUUCUUCACAAGGCAUCUAAGAGCCAACUACCUGGAUUUUAUGACCCAUGUGUGGGGGAAGACAAACAGCUUUUGGUACAAUAUCUCUUCCAUACUCAAACGCACGAAUGUGUUAUACGAGAUGAUGCACCUCUCAGGAUACCAAUUUCAUCUCACAAAGUCAAUACCACUUGACGUAUAGAUUCAACAUUAAAACCAAAACACAGUCGUCGCAGUCCUCGACAAUGAUCGGCAUUAUUUCGAUGUAGAUUUGUUUAUUUUUAAAGAUUUAAUUUUUACAUAAAGCAUAAAAAUUAUUAAAAGUGUUCGUUAAUUCUUCUUUGUACAUGACUAUUGUGUUUUCAGUAAAAUUGUAUUUUAUUAUUUGAUUAUAGUGAUAUAUU